AUGACCGAGAGACCAACACCGACGAGGAAGAGAAAAAUGGGAGACACAGAGGAGACAGCUCCUAAGAAACCUGCGGUAAAAUGGCCUCUCAUCAAACCCAAAAAGAAUCUUCAGAUUACCCGACUUCGAGAUUUCGAUCUCUUCACGGUCCAGAAUUUUUUCUCCUCUGCUGAAUCAAAGGCAUUCGUUAAAAAUGCUGAAGCAAUUGGUUUUGUUCAUCAAGGGAGUCUAGGUCCUACUUAUGGUGAAGCUUACAGAGAUAAUGAUCGAAUCUCAGUGGAUGAUCCUGUACUUGCAGAUACUAUUUGGGAAUCUGGACUUAGCAAACUAUUCUCUGAUAUAAGAAUUCGAGGAAAGGUUGCUGUAGGUCUGAAUCCAAAUAUUAGAUUCUAUAGGUACAAGAUUGGUCAACGGUUUGGACGGCAUAUUGAUGAAAGUGUUAAUCUUGGAGAUGGAAAACGCACUUACUAUACACUUCUGGUGUAUUUGAGCGGUGGACUUGGUGAACUUAAGUCAAAGCCCAAAAAUGAUUCCAGCAAUUCCUCAGUUUCAUCUGUUGAUCCUUUAGUUGGUGGAGAAACAGUAUUUUAUGGUCCAAGAAAUAAGAUUGUGGCUGAGGUGGCUCCAACGGAAGGGACAGCACUUCUGCACCUUCACGGAGAUAAAUGUUUGCUGCAUGAAGCAAGAAAUGUUACCAAUGGUGUCAAGUAUGUGUUUCGUUCAGACGUAGUAUUUGCUUGA